AUAAUCCGAGGGUAUCUGCUUCAUACAUGAGAAUCGAAGAAGAGCUGAACUGUUUGCAGCCUCUCAAGAGUCAGAGCUGCCUAAAUGGCCCUUGGUGCUAAAGUAAAGACCAUGCCGCUGGCAACAGCUGUUUUCAAGAUGGCAUUUCUCAUCUCGAUGGUGCCGUGCAGUUUCAGACACAACAUGGAUCACGUACUGUUCAAGCCGCAGCGCUCUGUUCACCACAUGCCAGCCUUUCUGAUUUGGUUGAAUAUAGCUUAUCGCUAUUUUUAACAGCUGCCCGAUUGCUGUGUAAUUUUAUUCUGAGAGAUUUCAGGCAAAGGGGGACGCUGCAGGCACCUCAAGAUGCAGUUCAGCUGGCCAUCUUAUGAAUUUGACCCAAGCCAGAUCCGCCUGAUUGUGUAUCAAGACUGCGAGAAGCGAGGACGAAAUGUUUUGUUUGACUCUAGUGCUAAGCGCAAGACGGAGGACCUGUCUGUGUCGAAACUCGUGAGCGACACUCCAGUAAGGGUGUUUGGAAAGUGUUGCCAGCUCAGAGCUGGAGGAGACAGCUCGACUUCUCUGGACAGUUCAGCUAGUUCACUGACUUCUGACACAAAAGAACAAUGUCCAAAGUACCAGAGCUCUCGAUGUUCCUCAGAUGCCAAUAUGCUGGGAGAAAUGAUGUUUGGUUCUGUGGCCAUGAGCUACAAAGGCUCCACGCUAAAAAUUCACCAGAUCCGCUCUCCGCCGCAACUAAUGCUGAGCAAAGUCUUCACUGCACGGACAGGGAGCAGCAUCUACGGGAGUCUUAACACACUGCAGGACAGCUUUGAGAACAUUAGCCACGAAAACACGCUGAGGACCGAGAACAACAGCAUCAUGAACGGGCUCCUUGGGAACAUAGGUCUGUCUCAGCUCUGCAGCCCCAGGAGGGCAUUCUCUGAGCAGGGCCCGCUCCGACUCAUCCGGAGUGCUUCUUUCUUUGCAGUCCAUAGCAAUCCAAUGGAUAUGCCAGGCCGAGGGUUUAAUGAUGACCGGGACAGUGGCAUAGCAAGAUCAGCUUCUCUGAGUAGUCUUCUGAUCACUCCAUUUCCAUCACCAAGCUCAUCACUCAAUAGCAGCUGUGCCAGCAGCUACCAGCGACGCUGGCGUCGUAGCCAAACUACCAGCUUGGAGAAUGGAGUUUUCCCACGAUGGUCCGUAGAGGAAAGCUUUAACAUGUCUGAUGAAAGUUGUGGGCCCAACCUGGGUGUUACCCGGAAGAAGAAGAUCUCCAUUGGUAUCAUAUUCUCCUUGUCAAAGGAUGAGGAUGAAACCAGCAAGUUCCACGAAUUCUUCUUUUCUCAUUUUCCUCUUUUUGAGAGUCACAUGAACAAGCUGAAAUGCGCCAUAGAGCAGGCAAUGAAAAUGAGCCGCAGAUCAGCAGACACCAGUCAGAGAAGCCUGGCUUACAGUAAAAUAGUCGAAGCUCUAAACAUGUUCCGGACAACAAUCUGUAACCUGUACACCAUGCCGCGGAUAUCUGAACCUGUUUGGCUAACUAUGAUGUCUGGAUCACCAGAGAAGAAUCACCUGUGCCAGCGGUUUAUGAAAGAGUUUGCCUUCCUGAUGGAGUACACCUCAAAAACCCAGUUCCUUCCAGCUCUUAUCACCGCUGUCCUCACAAAUCACCUGGCAUGGGUCCCUACAGUAAUGCCCAAUGGACAACCGCCCAUUAAAAUCUUCCUCGAAAAACACUCUUCACAAAGUGUAGACUUGCUGGCAAAGACCCACCCAUACAACCCUCUCUGGGCACAGCUUGGAGAUUUAUAUGGAGCCAUUGGGUCACCUGUGCGGUCAUCACGAACGGUUGUUGUUGGCAAGAGGCAAGAUCUUGUGCAGAAGUUGCUGUAUUUUCUUACCUACUUUAUUAGGUGCUCUGAGCUCCAAGAGACCCACCUCUUGGAGAGUGGGGAAGAUGAAGCCAUUGUUAUGCCUGGUACAGUCAUCACUACCAUGCUGCAGAAAGGCGAGGUAGAAGAGACUGACUAUGUCCUGAUCACAAUGCACAAAAAUAAGGGCUGUUUGCUGAGCAGUGAUUCAGAGGAAAUGCGAACUUCUGAAAAUAAGUGUCAGUGUUGCCAGUGUCCCCUCACUGACCAACAGAACAACGGCUUGGUACAGGAGAACCAUCCAAAGAGCUCCUUCUCAGAGUCAGUAGAGGCAAGCAGUGAUGGAAGCCAGUUAGUUUCUCAGUCAUCCAGCCAAGAAGAAAACAGUUAUUCUGAAGUAUACAAGGAUAAGUUCAUAACCUGUCUGGAUGCUAAGAUAGAGACUGUCAUUAAUGUUGGAGCAGCUCCAUUAGACAAAAGUGUCUUGGCACUUGACAGUCUUGAGCCAGCAGUUCAGAGUCUGGAAAAUGAAAAACCACUUGAUAAAAGCCAAACUGUUAAAGGCAUGAGAACUAGUGAAAUUAGUAUAGAGAAGAAACCUCCUGACAAGUCUGCAGCAGUGCCUUGUGGUUCUGGCCAUCUCUUGAACAAGGUGAAAUUUCAGAUUGGUGAUUCUAUGUCACCUGACUCCGAUAUAGAGAUAAAAAUCCAAAAUGUAGCAGAUCAGAUGCAGAAGCACCAGCUUAAUCCAGUGCAGGAACAGAGGACGCUUUCUGAUCACCAGUUAAGUGUGGCAAAACCAAACCAAAAUACUGAGGACCAAAAAAACGGUGGGUCAUCUGAGAAGCAUACUCUGGUUGCACACAAAAUCCAAAACUGGAAUCCCUUUCAUCCUGAAAACAUUAGCAUGUUUGAUGAGUAUUUUCCAGAAGAUGGUUCUAUUGAGGCAAAGAUCAUUGAUGAAAUUCCAAAAGGAGGUGUAAAAAAGUCUGAUCGUGACCAUGAUUUGGGGUGCUCAACCACACUGUGUGAAACAGGCAAGCCUUCUUGUAACCGAACAAAUUCACUUCCGAAUUUAUGCAAAAACUGCUUUGCUGAGCAGGACAAAGGAGACAAAGUCUCUGUAUCUGUCCCCCAUGGGGAUAAAGAGAAAUCUGAGUGUAAAGUUGCAGUCGGCACUGACUGGGACAUUCCAAGGAAUGAGAGCUCAGAUAGUGCCCUGGGUGACAGUGAAAGUGAGGAUACAGGCCAUGAGCUUCUCACACCAAGUAUUAAUUACUAUGGGACCGAGCAUGAAGAGUGGAUGGAAGAAGAGGAAAUACAGUUUCCAGGAUCAAAAUUGGUGGAAGUCAACUCUGUAAAGCCCAACAUUGCUAACUUUGGGAGAUCUUUGUUAGCUGGCUAUUGCUCAUCCUAUGUACCAGACUUUGUUCUUCAAGGAAUAGGAAGUGAGGAAAAGUUAAGGCAGUGCCUGGUGUCAGACUUGUCACACGCUGUACAGCAUCCAGUCUUGGAUGAACCCAUUGCAGAGGCUGUCUGCAUUAUUGCAGACGUGGAUAAAUGGUCGGUACAAGUGGCCAGUAGUCAGAGGAGGACGACUGAUAAUAAGUUGGGCAAGGAGGUGCUGGUAUCCAGCCUGAUCUCCAGUCUUCUUCAUUCCACUCUCCAGCUGUAUAGACACAACUUAUCUGCAAACUUUUGCAUCAUGCAUUUGGAAGACCGUCUGCAAGAGCUUUACUUCAAAAGCAGAAUGCUUUCUGAAUAUUUGAAAGGACAAACCAGAGUUCAUGUGAAAGAGCUCAGUAUGGUGUUAGGAAUUGAAUCUAGUGAUCUUCCGUUACUUGCUGCAAUUGCCAGCACCCACUCUCCAUACGUUGCACAGAUCCUUCUGUAAAAAAGAAUGCAAUUUCACACCAUGAGCGACAGUGGAGAGGACAAUGUCUUAUUGCAGUAUUUGGUAAUAGCAGUGGAAUGGACUUUACAGCUAUGUAGUAUCUGCUACCAGCUGACAUUCAGGAAGAUAAUCACAUUGCAGGAGAUUCUCCCCAACUUUUCUAGAUGGAAGUCAAAAUGGAAGGAAGAACUUCUGAAUCAUUAGAUGUAAAACACAUACAGUUGUGGGUCCUUAUUACAGCAGCAUUUCAGAUGCCUUUAAAGACUCCAGAAAUGUGUUUCUUCCUCUUUGUAACUUUGUAUGAACUUUUUAAGAUUUUUUAUUUUUUUUGUAUAUAGGGUGAGAAGUGAACAAAUGUUGAAUGUGAUUGAACAGCUGCUUUCUACAGUACAAAUCUCAUUUUUAUGUAAAAAGCUUCACUUGAUGGGGCAGUUCAUAUGAAGAAGAAAAAUGUUGCCACAACAGAGAAAGCUAUCCUUAUCUACCAAGGUGUUAAUUUUGCAAGGUUACAUUAAACCUUGCAGAUUUGAUGUUUUGUAGCUUUACAGGUAAAAUACGUAACAUUUUAAUGCAGCGCCGCAGUGCGAUUCCUAAAUGGCACUAAUUGCAAUUGAUUGAACUGCAGAGGUAGCUCUUUACUGUGGGCAGAGUUAAGACUUUACAACUAUUUUGAGAUUAAUUCACCUUUUUUCUACUGUUGAGGCAUAUUAUAGGCAGAACCUUGCUUCCUGGAAAUGUCAUUUGUGCGUUUGUCAGUAAUGACCUUCCAGUGUAUGUUGUCAAUUUGAAUGUAUUAACUUUUCUGUAAAUCAAAAGAAAGAAUGAAUCUUAAAGGGGUUGUCCCAUCUGAGACAUUUAUGUGGUAUUGCUAGGGACCUCAAAGUGAACUUUGAGCGCAUGGCGUAUGUAUGGCUUUGCUCUCUAUUCACUGCUAUGGGACUUCCGAAAAUAGCCUUGUGGGUGUGCUUGGUUAUUUUCAGAAUUCCCAUAACAGUGAAUGGAAAGCAGGCCACCCAAGUGGGACAACACCUCCACCAUGGUGAACCACCAUGGGAUUUUUUAAAAUAGUCAAUACAAUGCUUGACUAUUUUCAGGAGUCCCAUAAAGGUGAAUAAAAGGUGGCCCGACAUGUGCAGCUUGCUCUCCCUUCACUUUAGGAGCUCUGUUCUUGAGGUGGGACCAGCGCCUAUCUGACAUUUAUCCUAGAGAUCUGCCGUAAAUGUCCCAGAUGGGACAACCCCUUUAAAGAAACGGAUGGGAAUUUAACAUAUUGGGACUACUUAUUUGAAGUCAGUUUUGCAUUGGCGUACUUUAUGCCACAUUAUCAAAGGUCUCCGGUGGUUUGAUAAAUUUGUCUUAUCCUUAAAGGGAACCUGUCACUGGGAUUUUGUGUAUAGAGCU